UGCUUUUAAUUUUUAGAAGUGACUAACAAAUGUUCUUGCAGAUAUGCCACCACGAAGCACAACUAAAGUUCAAACGUCUGAACUGCAAAUGACCGAACUUCAAGAAAAAAAAGUGUACAAAUGGAAAUUUCACUGGAGAAACAUUAUUUUAAACAUAAUAAUGCACCUAACCGCUGUGUAUGGGCUUUACUUAUGUUUCGCCAGCGCGCAGUGGAAAACUCCGCUUUUUGGUCUUUUGAUUCUGAUUCUCGCUAUAUUGGGAAUGACUGCUGGUACACAUCGUUUGUGGUCUCACAAAAGUUACAAAGCUAAACUUCCACUUCGAAUUCUUCUGAUUAUUUUCCAAACCUUAACUCUUCAAAACCACGCUUAUCAGUGGUCUUCUUACCACAGGAUCCAUCAUAAAUACGUAGACACCGAUGCUGAUCCACACAACUCUCGACGUGGUUUUUUCUAUUGUCACAUUGGAUGGUUGCUGAUUCAACCAGAACCGGAAUUUUUAGAGAAGUAUAAUAGUAUGAGAUUUGAUGAUCUGCAGUCGGAUAAAAUACUAAUGUUUCAGAAGAAGUAUUAUUUAAUGUUGUUUGCACCGUUUAUUGGAGUUUUGAUACCGACAAUGAUACCGUGCUACUUUUGGGGCGAAACUCUUGAAAACUCAUUUUUUAUAGUUACUAUGCUUCGGUACUGCUUGUGCAGCAAUUCUAUGUUUGUUAUUAAUAGUAUUGCUCAUAUUUACGGUACCAAACCCUACGACAAGAAUAUUUUGCCGACGGAAUCUCUUAUAGUGUCUGUCGCGACGUUAGGCGAAGGCUGGCAUAACUAUCAUCAUACGUUCCCAUGGGAUUAUAGAGCAGCAGAAUUUGGAAAGCUUCGCUUCAAUUUAACUACGAGUUUUAUCAACUUAAUGGCAGCACUGGGGUGGGCCUAUGAUCUGAAAAUUGUUUCUGAGGAAUCAAUAAUUAAAAGAGCGAUGCGGACUGGGGAUGGUACUAGAAAGAUAGAAAAGAUUAUAAAAUGCUUAGAAGAUCAUGAGCAUAGUGAUGACUUGGUCUGGGGAUGGGGAGACAAGGAUAUGACGAAAGAAUACCUAAAUUACGUGAAAAUUAGUAACAGGAAACUGACUUAAAUUUACAUAAAAAUUGGGUAUUGGUUUGUUAUUAGCUUUUUAACAUAGGUUUAAAGAAAAAUUAAAUUACCCCAUUUAUGUCUA